AUGGCGGGGCCGGGGCCCGGAGCGGCCCCUCCGCGCCUGGCGCUGGCCCUGGCGCUGCUGGCCGCGCUGCUGGCCGCCAAGUACUACCGGGACGCGGAGGCGGCGCGGCAGCAGGAGCUGGCUCUCAAGUCCUUGGGGAAUGAGGGGCUGUUCCUCUUCUCCUCCCUGGACACCAACAAGGACCUGUACCUGAGCCCAGAGGAGUUCAAACCCAUUGCUGAGAAGCUCACAGGGGUUGCUCCAGUGUCAGAGUCUGAAGAGGAGGAGACACCAGAUCCAGAUGGGGAGACUCUGUCCAUCGUGGCCAAGUUCCAGCCCCUGCUCAUGGAAACGAUGACGAAGAGCAAGGAUGGCUUCUUGGGAAUUUCCCACGUGGCUCUGUCUGGGCUCAGGAACUGGACAGCCCCAGCAGCCCCCAUGAGUGUCCUGCUUGCCAGGCACUUCAAAGCCUUCCUCCCUCCUAAGGACAAUCUGGAGCUUGGGGAGCCCUGGUGGAUCAUUCCCAGUGAGCUGAACAUCUUCACUGGGUAUCUCUCCAACAACAGGUUUUACCCUCCGCCUCCCAAGGGCAAAGAGGUGCUCAUCCACAGGCUGCUGAGCAUGUUCCACCCGCGCCCCUUCGUCAGGACGCGCUUCGCCCCGCAGGGAGCCGUGGCCUGCCUGCAGGCCAGCAGCAGCUUCUACUACAGCGUGGCAUUCCGGAUCCACGCCGAAUUCCAGCUGAACGAGCCACCAAACUUCCCCUUCUGGUUCUCCCCGGGGCAGUUCACAGGUUACAUUGUCCUGUCCAAGGACUCCUCCCACGUCAGGGACUUCAGGCUCUUUGUUCCCAACAACAGGUCCCUGAACGUGGACAUGGAGUGGCUCUACGGGGCAAGCGAGAGCAGCAACAUGGAGGUGGACAUUGGAUACCUGCCCCAGAUGGAGCUGGAGGCCACAGGGCCCUCGGUGCCCUCCGUGAUCCACGAUGAGGACGGGAAGGUCCUGGCCAGCAGGGACCCCUCGGAGGAGCCCAUCCAGUUUGUGUUUGAGGAGAUCACCUGGCAGCAGCAGAUCCCCUGGCAGGAGGCAGCCCACAGGCUGGAGGUGGCCAUGUACCCAUUUAAGAAGGUCUCCUACCUGCCCUUCACAGAAGCCUUUGAGAGAGCACAAGCAGAGAAGAAGCUGGUGCACUCCAUCCUGCUCUGGGGGGCCCUGGAUGACCAGUCCUGCUGAGGUUCGGGGCGAACUCUCCGGGAAACCGUCCUGGAAAGUUCGCCCAUCCUCGCCCUGCUCAACGAGAGCUUCAUCAGCAGCUGGUCCCUGGUCAAGGAGCUGGAGGAGCUGCAGAGCAACAGAGAGAAUGAGCUCCACAGCAAACUGGCCAAGCUGCACCUGGAGAAAUACAACUUCCCUGUGGAGAUGAUGAUCUGCCUCCCCAACGGCACGGUGGUUCACCACAUCAAUGCCAACUAUUUCCUGGACAUUACUUCCAUGAAGCCUGAAGAUGUUGAAAGCAGCAUCUUUAGUUUCUCAACCAAUUUUGAAGACCCUUCAACUGCAACUUACCUCCAGUUCCUGAAGGAAGGGCUGCACAGAGCAAAACCAUACCUGCAGCCCUAAAAGUAGGCACUGAAUGCCCCCCUGAGAUGGCCAAAGACUCCAGAGAUCUAUUUUGGUUACAGCAAAUCCUCCUGAUCCCCGUGGCAGACGUUGAACUGCAGCAGUCCCAGCUCUGGGUCCUGGUGUGAGCUGAGUUCAGUUCCACAGCCUGCCCCUCUCGCUGCAGGCACAUUUCUGCAGGAGUGCAAAUACCUGAACACAUCCCAGUGCCCCCGCCUGGGUGUGCACCCACCCUCGUUGCUCCUG